AUGAGCGAACAAGUCAACUCUGCUGCGCAGCACGCAGCUGUACCUACUGCAACACUUCACCAAUCUCUGCAGACAGCUAGCAACCAUGAUCUCCACGACCAUGAUCAUCACGAUCACCGCCACGACAUUCGGGGUUCCGAAUCUCGCCAGAAUGACCACGAGAACAUUUCGCAAGCUCGUCACCAGAAUCACUCCAGCCAUGAGCAUAGCGAGAUGGUCAUGGCUACUCUCCACGACCAGAUGAUGACGCUCGCCUACGAAAAAAACCCUCAAAGCACUGAGGAGGCCGAAAAUAUUGCUCACAUGCUCCUAGAGCGCGCAGAACUCCCGCUGGCCUUCCGCGUCCGCGCACACAUCGUCCUUGCCUGUGGCAAGACCGACUACCUCCACCAUGCACAGGAAGCUGUGCGCUUCGCCGAGAUGGGUCGAGAGAUAUUUGGUCCAGGCAAGACACCAGGAUUCAAAGCAGCUGUUGAAGACUUAUUGUGGGAGGCACGAGAGACACUUCGUCGCGCAGAGCGUGACAUGAAGGAACUAGAGGGCCUCAGAAAGAGAAUCAAGGCUGGAGAACUUAAGUGGAAGAAGGGCGAGAAGAUCAUGUACGGGAAUAUCAAUGGUAGUUCCUAUCUCAAUCUCUAA